GCAACAAGUCCCAAUAUAAAGGAAGCUUGCAGCCUGGCAGUAGGCAUCUGAGGUAUCAACACUCCAGUAGGACAAUUAACCAGAGAUCGUUGUGCAGACACGUGAAAACAUGAAGACUGUGAUUCUCGCUCUUCUGGUGUUGGUGGUUGUCAGUCAGGGUGAAGCCUUGCAGUGUCGCUGUGGAGGCACCUCAAAGAUAUGUUCAGGCCCUGUGGAGACCUGUGCCGGAUCAAAUAACGUCUGUGCCAGCAUCAUCAUUCAAACUGGACCCCAUGUCAGUGACAUUCAGGGUUGCAUGACUGCACAUAACUGUGCACUGCUGACUAAUUCAAACGUAGCAUCUGGCAGGUGCUGCAGGACUGAUAUGUGCAACAGAUAAAUGAAUGUGCAAAAUGAAUCAUGCAACAGAUCUCCCAGUCAUAAUAAUAAACGACUGUCAUGUGUUGUGUGGUGUUGCAUUGUCCUAAUAAAGAUCAAUCAGUUUCAA